AUGGAACGCAAACUUCUGAGCACAUGGAACCAAAUUGCGCCGAGGGUAUACCAACGGCAAUGGUUUUGCUUUCCUUGCUGGCGGGACGCACGCCCUGAGGGAAUUACAAGCCAUCUCAGAUCAGCUCUUGAUCGCCUAGCGAGCCACUUUCCACACCUCACCUGCAAGAUUUCACUUCUCUCGGGACACCCGGGCUAUCUCUGCAUCUAUCCAGACGAUGACGCGAAGAUAUCACUCAGGGUCUAUGACGAGCGCAAUUCCUAUAAUUGGACCUACGCGCAGCUUGAAGCCCAAGGCUUCCCCGCAAAAGCCUUUGUCCACCCGUGCUUCGACCUCCCAUAUGAGCUAUUAGAAAACAGCGAGGGCAUUCCGGUGUUUGAAGUACAUGCGAGACUAAUCGAGGGAGGAUUACUGUUGGGCAUAUACAGCCAUCAUUCCGUAUCUGAUGGGACUGCCAUACACAAGGUUGUUAGCUCGUUGGCACAGCUGACCAUUGAACCAACGAGGCUACCUAUGGCAGAAUAUACCGAUAUUCACCUUGACCUACCUCCCAAUCUUCUCAUUGGGUCCGGUCACAGUAGCUCCAGCACUUUCCAUGAUCUCUUAAGCAAGUGCCCUGAGUAUCAGCUGCUCUCAUCUCUUACAGGCCCAACGCAAUUUCGGAUCUCCCAGGCUGGCAUGCCUUGGAAAGACAUCCAAAAGACCGGGCGCGUAUUUAUCUUUGGCGCCCAGCAAAUUGAAAUACUCAAGCAUAGGAUCACCGAGUGCUGUGGGCAUUCACCUUCAACGUUCACUUGCCUCGCGGCGCUUUCCUGGGCAUACGUUACGAAGGCGCGCCUAAGCAGCCCCAUCAACCUGCUUUCUUCCUCUCCGGGCGAGAAGAUGACUAUUCCUAACGAUGUCCGUCUCAUGAUAUCUACCGACUGGCGUCAACGGGCAUUUACAGGAACCAUGGGCCCAAACGCCGGUAAUGCCGUGGCGCUCCCUAAGACUGCACUCGACACUGGGAUUGUUCUGGCGGCAUGCAGUAGGGACGAAAGCAUCUCCAGCCCCGCUUUGGGGACAAUAACCCAAGCCAUUGAGGCCAUGGUGCGCAAUGUUGAUGACAGCUUUGUGGCUUUACGCACGGCACUAUUCCGGGAAGCUCCUGACCCAAGGCUCAUCGGCGUAGACGCCGAUCCCCGAGAUCCUCGCGACUUCUAUUUCAACUCAUGGCGCCACUUUGGGGGGCAGACAAGAUGGAAGAUUCCUGGUGCGGUAGAGCAAGAAGGGGAUAAAAAUGGUGGCGGCGUGGCGCCUGAUGCGAUACGCAGGGCUCAAGCCGAAUGGAACAUCGGCGCUGGCUUGAUACUCCCCGCUAGGAAAGGAUGCCUGGGGUCCGAAGUCUUGAUCACGCUUGAUGUAGACGCAAUGGAGUGUCUAUGUGAAGACGCUGACUGGAAACUAUGGGUUAAUGAAAUUUUAGAAUAG